AUGCUGCUUCCAGACCCAGACCUGGACCGACCUCUUCAUCAUUGCCUGGAGGUCAUCUCACAGACCAGCUUCACCUGGCUGGACCUGACGGACAUCCCCUUACCAGAACCAGAUGAGACUUUUUAUACUGAUAGGAGCAGCUAUGUUCGGGAAGGGACCAGGAGGCCCGCAAAGUGGCCCUGGGACCGGGAGUCAACUCUCACGACCCUGGCAGUGCCGGCAGACUCAGCCGCCUGUUUCCGACCCAGAGACCAGACUGGGACCCUGCAACGGAUCAAGGCUACUGGGGAUCUCCUGUCAGCCUUGCAGGAACUCGGGUAUCUGGUCUCUGCCAAAAAGGCUCAACUCUGUAGUCCUGCAGUCACUUACCUGAGCUAUGAUCUCAACCAGGGAAAAUGUGCCUUAUCCGCCCGGCGCAUCCAGGCCAUCACCCACAUCCCCACGCCCAACACCAAACGACAGAGUCAUGAAGAACCCAAGCCUGGAGACCUAAUUGAGAUUUCACGUGUUCCCUAUUCACACUGGGCCCUGUACGUGGGAGAUGGUUAUGUGAUCCAUCUGGUUUCUGCAUGUAUGUUGUCUGGAGCUGGUGCCACCAGUGUCUUCUCUGCUGAGAGCAGCAAAGCAGUGGUGAAAAGGGAGCGCCUGAAAGAUGUGGUGGGUAUCUCCCCCGACCGGGUCAACAACUACUUGGACAAGGAGUACAAACCACUGCCCGUGGACAAGAUCAUAAUCUCUGCGGAGAAGGAAGUUGGUAAGGAGAUGGAGUACCAUCUUCUGAGCAAAAUCUGUAAGCACUUUGUCACCAAUCUGAGAUACGGCAAGCCCCGCAGCCUGCAGUUUUUUGAAGAACCUGAGCCUGGAGACAUGAUUGAGAUUUUCCACAUUGGCUAUAAGGACUGGGCCAUCUAUGUGGGGGAUGGAGAUGUGAUCCAUUUGGCUCUGCCAAGUGAAUUUCCCAGGUUUGGUUCCUCCAACAUGUUCAUAUUUCUGAGUGGCACAGCUGUGGUGACAAAAGAGUCCCUGCGGAAUGCAGCUUGGGGCUGCCUUUACCGGGUCAACAACUUCUUCGACCAUAAGUUCAGACCCCGGCCUGUGAAUGAGAUCAUCAAUUCUGCGAAGAAAAUGGUUGGUGUGAAGAAAAAAUAUGAAGUUAUUCUUGAUAACAGUAAGCGCUUUGUCACUGAUCUGAGAUAUGGCUGGCCCCACUGCAAGAUGGUAAGAUCCCUUGAGGGUGAUCCUUGUCCUUUCUGGAGUUCUUUUUGAAAAGGAAUUGUGGGUGGGGUUCUGGGAAACCACCAGUGGACCCAGCAUGGUGUGUCCCAUAUUAAUACUAUAACUUUAAUUCUCAUCGUCAUGCUACGUGACUAAUUCUCAUAUGAAUACGGUAGUGCCAGGCAUUUAGCUGCUCAUUAAGUCCUGACAACAAGCCUGGCAACAUUUCCCCAGUCUGCAAAAGGGGACCCGGGCACACAGCGUUCAGGUAAAUUGUCCAACUUGUCCAACAUCAAAUGAGGCGUGGACCCAGAUGUGGCAUAUCUUUGAAGAACACCUUUCAGUCUGGAAACACAUUCCGAAGGGUCAUCAGCAAGGGACAGGGGAUGGGGGAACCAUUGCCCUAAAAGUCACGGAUAGCCAGUUUCGGUGCUCACACUGCUGCUGACCAGCUGGGAGACCUUCUCCAAGUCAGUUCACCCCUCUGUGUCCUGGCCAACGAUCCGGCCCUGUCAUAAAGGAGGAGAUGCUGAGAGGCUGGUCCUCUGGCCCAUCUCUUACCACCCCCAAUAGAUCCCAAACCCAGGGUAGGAUGGCAGAUAGGUACAGAAAAUGCAUCUGUGCAUAGAGAGCUGGAGAUGCCUGAGGACCCGGGAGUCUGGAGGAGGGAUGUUCUGAGAUAGUGAGACACCUCGGGCGAAAGGAUGUCUGCUGGGAGGAGAUCUGUGCUAUAGGGAGAGGGCCUGGGGGGUGUUAGGAGGCAGAGAGAAGACGAUGUCCAAGGAGCAGAAGCAAGAGAGAGCACGAGGUGAGGGGAACACAAGUAGCUCCACAGAGCAGAGCAGAGGGAGGAGCGAAGAGGGAUGAGGGUGACGAGCGGUGAGUGUUAGAGCCAGACCCCGAGCUGCCUGAAGGGUGUGGACUCAUUCUGAGGCUCCAGGGACGUCAUUGCCAUAUGUUCCCUUUGGAAGGUCCCACUGGAUGACAUGGAGGUGGAUAAGGAGUGGUUGGAAUGGGAGCCAGAGGUGAGGGACAAGGACUUCUGUGACCCAAGUCAGGAGAAAGGGACAUGGGACGAAGGUGGCAUUGAAGGUACUUGGUAACUGGAUGCAGGGGUCAGGGAGGAGGAGGAGUGAAGGAUGACUCCAACCUCUGAUUGAGCAACCUGGGCUGAGGAACGCCCAAAGGAAGGAGAACAGCGGGAGAACAGGGGACAAAGAACCGGCUUCAUUCCUGGGGGAUGGAACAGAAUGUGGGGGGGGCCGUUCUGCAUCCCCGGGAAGGGAGUGCGAAUGGGGAGAAAAGAGCAACCCACAGGGGGACGAGUGUGGGAAGUGGGAAUAGAGAAAGGAACUUCUGGCUGAGGGGUGUUGGGUAAGUCCCUUAACCUCUCCUGUGCCAGUGCCAACACCUGUGACUUGGGAGAUCAUUGUACCUUGUGAGACUGAGGUGCUGAUGGACGCAUGUUAUGGAAUUUUCCCACCGGUAGCUGUGUGGUCACCACAACGUCUGAUGCUUGGCCCAGCUGCCCAUUGUGUAGCCCUAAGAACACUUCAUUUUGUGUCUCACGGUGAAUGACUGAGGAGUGUCCAGGGGUUGGAGAGAGACUCUGAGGAGGAGGCUGCCCAAUGAAGCUGUGGACAACUGCUGUAAAAUAUAAUGUAUUGAUACGCUAUUUGAGGUUCAGUAAGGACAACAGAUCAAAAGAUGAUGCCAUUGAAAAAGAGUUUGUUACUCACAGUUCCCAUAAGAUGAGAACAAGCCACGUUAUGCCACAGGGAUGGAGGGGGCAGGGUGUUUGUUUUGAGGGGAAGCACUGGGUUGAUCG